UUUUCAUGUUUAAUGUGUUGAAUGCGUAUAGACUUAUGAAGCAAUUUUAGUGAUUUAUUAUUUAUAAAAUAUAGUUUAGCUACAGUUAUCGUUUUAAAUAUCAAUUAAUAAAAAUUGUACUUACCCAGUAUUUAACACAUUUUAGCAUAAAUAUUGUUUUUAAAUAACACAUAGGAAAUAAUGUUGAUCAAUUUUAUUUAUUUCUUGAUGUGCGUGUUUUCCGUUUUCGGACUUUUCUGUGAAAAGCCAUGUGAAGUAUGUCCGGAGUAUCCCGGCGGAAGAAUUCCCAUAUCUGACAAUUUUACGACAACCGUAAAUGUUCCAGAAGAAUGCAUGAAUGGAACAUUCCGCUGGCAUUCUCCUGCAGGUCACACCAUGAUGCAUUUUCAAAAUGUGACAGAGAUGAAAAGAAUCUGUAUUAAAAAUAUUAGUCCAUAUACAGACUACAAUAUAACGUUCACAGCUACAAAUCAGCGACUAGGAACCUUUGACAAAGAAAACUUGGCCUGUUUUAAUACAACAUCUGGACGAGACAUCGUUCUUCAGGUGACUGCCAAUCCAUCAAGACGCUACCUGGAAAUGUUUGAAUACAGAAUUUACAAAUGAUGUUGUUGUUUAUUUUCAAAAUAAAUUUUUAAAUGUCA